AUGCCCUCUUCCAUCGCCCGAAUUCAUAAGCGCCAUGCCUACAGCAAGAAUGGUCACACUUAUUACCCAGUUCUCAUAGUAGGUGCCGGAGAGUCGGGAGUGGCCAUGGGCUGCCGGCUCAAAGAGGUCCUGGGAACAGACCAGUUCAGAAUAUUCGAACGUCAGUCCGGUAUUGGAGGUACUUGGUGGAUCAAUAGGUAUCCGGGAGCUGCUUGUGACAUACCAGCGACAUUCUACUCCUUCUCCUUUGCUCAAAAAAAGGACUGGUCCACACUCCAUCCAUCUGGCCCAGAACUAGCACAGUACAUGGCAGAUGUCUGCGAAAAAUAUCAAAUUGUGGACAAGAUCCAGCUGAAUACCGAUGUGAAAGAACUGCGAUGGAUCGAGCAUGACCAGGAAUGGGAGGUUACGCUCUCGCACCUUGUCCCUGGAACCGGAGAUUUAGCUCAGCACGAACGAGAUCGAAUCGCAGCCCAGGACGGCCACCACAAGGUCUAUGUCAAGACAGAAGUUGUGCGGGCUAAAGUGGUCGUCAGUGGUGUUGGCGGGCUGGUAGAACCAAAGACAUGGCCGAAGAACAUCCCAGGUAUUGAGAACUUCGAAGGCGAGGUUAUGCAUACAGCUCGGUGGAACGAUCAAAUUGAUUUGAAGAACAAGCAUGUCAUCAUGGUUGGUUCCGGCUGCAGCGCUGCGCAGGUAGUGCCCGAACUGGCGAAGCCAGAGGCUAACAUUCGAUCCAUUACCCAACUCAUGCGAAGUCCCCCGUGGGUCCAGCCUGAUUUGAUCCCUCCUGGAUAUCUCCCCUUGUAUGAGAAAUGGUCACCUAAAUUGAUGACCUACGUGCCUGGACUGGCGUCUUCCGUACGAAGGGUUUCCUUCUUCAUAAUGGAGAAGACCUUCUAUGAUAUGUUCACAGACACUGCAUGGAGCCGAAGAGCGCGGCCGCAGCUUGAGAAGAAGUUUUUGGACCACAUGCACCAACUCGCACCAAAGGAAUACCACGAGAUCUUAACUCCCAACUACAGCCUUGGAUGUAAACGACGGAUCAUCAACGGCAGUUGGUAUCGCAGUCUCAAUGCCCCAAAUGUGGAGCUGAGUACCCAACCUCUGACAAGAGUGAACGCGAAGAGCGUGACUAUUGGUCCGGGCCGCCACUAUCCACCUAACAGCUCGGACGACGCAUCUGAGGCCAGAGAGAUUCCCGCCGAUGUGAUUAUCCUGGCCAACGGAUUCGAAACCAAUCAAUGGCUGCACCCACUGAAGGUGAUUGGCAGGGAGGGCAAGGAUCUUGAAGAGGUCUGGAACGAGCGUGGAGGCGCCCAGGCAUACCAGGGAAUUGCAAUGGAUUCUUUCCCGAACUUCUUUAUGCUUUUCGGUCCGAAUACGGUAACAGGGCAUACCAGUGUUAUUUUCGCGACGGAGAAUGCGGUAAACUACUCAUUGAAUUUCAUCAAGCCGAUCUUGAAUGGUCAGGUCACCUCGUAUGAGGUCAAGGAGGAUGCUGAGCGUGCAUGGACUCGACAGGUGCAGGAUGCGCUUCAGAAGAGUGUGUUCCGUCGUGGGGCCUGCUCUAGUUGGUAUAUCACUGCCGAUGGUUGGAACUCAACCACAUAUCCAUUCACGCAAGUUCACUAUUGGCUACGGUGCACGUUCCCCGUGUGGCGGCACUGGACAGCGAAACUCACAAGAAAGGGACGAAUUUUACGAGCUGUCCGGAAAACUGUCCAGGCCUCUGUCAUGCUUGGUCUCCUUGCAGGCUUUGGCUUCCUGCGUCAGAAUCCUCAGCAGAAAACCCAGUUGAUGCAGUCAUUGCUGGCUGGGAAAGAGUGGCUGGUCUCAGCGGCCAUGGCUUCAGAGUCACCCCAGCUAGAAAUGUCACCGCCGCAGACGGACACCCGCGAUCAGUCCAUUGGUGCGUCUGACAACAAGAGAAAGGCGGAACAAGGCAACGGAACACAGGCGCGCACAAAGCGGAAUCGCUACAUCUCCAUUGCAUGUAAUGAAUGUAAGCGCCGCAAGAUCAAGUGCAAUGGGCAGAUGCCUUGUCAACGAUGUGGUCACCUGAAUUUGGAAUACUCGGAUGAGUUCCGAUCAAUGACAGAUCAAAUCACUACUUUACAAGACCAAGUCAACACCUUGUUUAGCAAUCUAAAUGACCUUCGGACCCAGAGACCAACCUUUGAUUCUCCGGGAUUUGAGCAUCUAUCUCACGAUGGGUCUCAAUCGGUUUACGCUCCAAUGCAAGCUGGGCUAGCAAAGUCACGAGCCCGUCAUCCACGCUUCCAUGGUCCAACAAGCUCAGCCUUCAACUUUGACGUGGCAAAAUCCAGCUUGCAGAAUAUGGGUAUCACUCCAGCGGAAGAUGGGAUCCCAGAUGACUUAACCACCGCACAUGUUUCUCCAACAGGUACACCACCUCCCAAUCUGGGACAAAUUCUUCAAACUACACACCCUACCAAGGAUCCUAUAUGGACGAUCCGGCGCGAAGAGGCAAUGCGGCUUUGUAAAGUUUAUGAAGAAGAGAUUGGGAUCAUGUAUCCUGUGGUGGAUAUCGCCAAGGUCACAAGCCAGGCCAAUUUGCUCUAUAUAUUCAUAGAGGCUGCUACCAGGACAGGCUUUGCACAACGAGGGUUUCCGGGCUCUGAUGGUCUUCACGAUGAAAACUCGAUUAUCUUUAAAUUGAUUCUCGCCACCACGCUGGUCGUGGAGGGAGGUGGCCAAAGCGAACUUGGGCAGCGGCUCUACUUGGAUGUUAAACCAUUUAUAGAAUCAAAGUUGUGGGAGUCUCAUACUAUCAAAACCAUCCAGCUCUUUGCUAUUGUGGCCACAUACCAUUUCCAUACAGAUGAUGAUGCCAUGGCUUAUCGUCUUAUUGGAUUGGCGGCACGGAUGUGUUUAGAAAUGGGAUUGCAUCGUCGUGAUGCUUUGGUAAAGUCAUUUCCAGAUGAAGGACAGCGGGACGAGGUCACUCGGCUGUUCUGGUCAGUCUAUAGCUUGGAUAGGCGAUGGAGUUUGGGCACGGGGCUACCUUUCGUGAUUCAGGAUGAGGAUAUCGAUCCGAACUUACCAGAACCUGAUGCAUCGCUGCCUUACUUGCGAUGCAUGAUUCUAUACAACCGAAUCAGCUCUAAGAUCUGGUACUCUGGUUUGGGCUCCGAAGGUACUACUGACAUCCGUCGUGAUGAGAUUGGCUAUCUGGAUUACCAAAUCCUACAGUGGUACAAGCAAGUUCCAGAGGAGCUCAAGUUCUAUCCCGUCGAAACGCCCAAAAGCGCCGAAAACCUGCGCAUCCUGAUCUACCGCCCCGUUCUCCAUUCUCCUGCCAGCAUUGCCGAAGAUCGAGGCCAUGCCCAGACUGUUGUUGAAGUAGCCAAAGACUCAGUCCGUGUCCUCACUCGACUGAACCAGAUGUCCGAUAUUUACCGGACACAGCAAAUAACGUUCAACUAUUUUCUGGUUGCUGCAUUGGCGGUGUUGUUCCUAGCAGUGUCCCAUGCCCCGGUCGACUUCAACCGACAGGUCCGCGAUGAAUUCUACAUGGCGCUCGACCUGAUCAACGGGUUCAGUACCAAAUCCUACGUCUCCAAGCGAUUAUGGAAGACAAUUAGAGGUUUACGAAAGAUCGGCGAGAAACUUGGCGUUCUCGCCCGUCCUUUUGGACCAGACUCAAGUGAUCCUCAUUCAAGCGCUGCCAUGGCCAUGGCCGGGCUCGCAGGACAUCCAAUCCAGGACCUGUCGAUGUACGGGCCCAUGAACGGCGGGAACGAACUUGGAAAUAGCCCCAUCAAUGGACUCCAGAUGAGUCAAGAGUUGACAAACCUAUUUGAAGCUGUCGGCGCGUUUGGUAAUUUCAUGCCUAACACUUCGAGUGAUGGUAUUGGUGGCUUCGUAGGCCCUGAUGGGGAAAUUCAGAACACUGGGGAAGGUUUAUCGGGGGUUUUGGGUGACGAGGGGGAGUUUGCUCGAGUAAUUCGAGACUUGUUUUGA